AAUUCUGCAAGUGGUUCUGAUUUACUAUUGCUGUAUUCUAGCUGGUCUAAAACCGCUUUUGACCUAAUGGGACGCUUUUUGGACGCCAUGCACUUUUCUAAGUUUCCAGGCAGAAAGGACAGUAAAAAUGCAGGCAGGGCACAGGACAAAGCACUCGGGACAAAAUGUAUGUGAAAUGCUUUGAAACAUGAAUGUCAGUUUUUAACAUUUUCAAAUUUCCCGCCGGUUCCGGCCCCCGUAUGUCCCACGCUCGCAGGGACCAGAAGACAGAUGUCGGCAUUGACUGGAGGAGAUGGCCGGGGAUGCAGCAGGGGACACAU